CAUCUACGUGGAACUUGUUGCGGGGUUGCGACCAUCAUCACAGAUAGGAGCAGGGAAGAAAGCAGGUGAAAGAGGUUCAUUCUAAAGCCUGUGCAGGGCUCUGCCUCGGGCUCUUGGCCUUUCUCUUGACCUUUAUCUUUUUCUUGUGUUUUGCUGUGUUCAGGUAGAAGUUUGGUGAGCAGUGAAGGUAAAGAAGUACGCAUGUGUAUUUUUUUGUCCUCAAGGUCCUCAUUCUAUGCAUGAGCAGUAUUAUAUCAUAUUUUAAUGCUACCCUCUCUGUUGACCUUCCUCAAAUACUGUCCUGACUCGGCUGUUUUGUUCUGAUUCCAUUAUCAAAUAGGUAUUGAUUCCAUGCACAAAACCAUUUCCCAGAGCUAUUGAGCUCCACUCUGCAGGUCUCUCUUCUGUCCAAGAUGCAAACAUUUCAGUUCUGGCUUAAGGUAAACGUAAGCAAAGAUGAAAUUUCUUGCCUUUAUUCCGAGAACAGCAACAACUAGAAUGGACUGUUUGAGCUGGGAGGAGUGGGGGGUUCUCAAAGCUCCUUUUUCGUGCCACCAAACUGGAACAAGUCUUCAAACUCCUAAGUUUAGCACCAAGUAUUUCAUCAGAAAGAGGAAAUGCGAUGGCUUGGUGUGCGAGCCCGGGCUCAGAACUGCUUCCUUGCUCUUAGCUCUGGUUGAGUAAUUUCUCAAUUGUUUCUUAACUGCUGUUAAGAGCACGGAAUUCUCCCUCCUUCAGAGCAACACCGGAUCCUGUCGCCUUGCCUCUUUUUCUCCUCCCCAUCCCUGUGGAAUGGACCCAUGGAACAAAGAUGGGUAAAACCUUGUGGGAUUUCUGUCCGUCCGGUGAUCGUCCUACAGUUUUGUUAAUUUUUUAAAUAUAUAAAGGGAGAAGUGGCACCCGGUUCCAAAAGCUUAGCUCACUGGAAGGCUGCUCUAAAGAGGAGUCUUGCUUUGCUUUGAAGUCAGCAAGCACGCUACAGGCCAACUAUGAAUUCAAACGAACCAUGGCAAAGCAGAAAGGAGUCACUCCUAGGGUGCAUCCCUGUGUCUCUCCUGUCUCCCAAAGCUUGUCCUCCUCCCACUUUACAAAUCGGAUCAGAAACAGGGAGCUCAGGUGGUACUGAGAAACCCGGGCUCUGCGUCUGCCUAACGUUGGGUUCUGACUUUACAGCAGGAAAGUGGGUCACCAGCUUGUUAUUGGCAGCUCAAUUUUGGUGUCAUUUAGGCAGCUGAAGAGAAACAAAUAGGCCAUCGAUCAGUCUAGCAACAGCCUGGGGCCUCCAUAUUUUAAUUAUAUGUGUUCUUUGCACCAAAUUUAUCCCCUUUUGAAACAUCAACUUAAAUGAAACUCCACAAUGGAAGAAUUUGGCCACAUAUUCUUGUCUCCCCCUCUGUAUUAUUAAUACAUCUAAUGCUGUUGCAAAUAACUUUUUAUUUUUCUGUCUCUCCAACUUUUCCAAGCCAGCUCAGUUCUCAGUGCUGUUUUAAAGUAGGGAAAAGAGGUGAAGAUAACUUUUCCUGUUAGCCCUUAUCGCAGGAAGAAGAUUUAAGCAGUUGUUGGAACUUGCUCUUCCAGCGCAGGUGACCCCAUCGAGUGCAGCGCCACAGCUCUCUGUGUAGCACAAGAAAGCUGAGUGCUUCUCUUCUUUUACCAAAUGGAAAUUGAGAUUAUCAGUAAUGUUGCUGCCAUGCGUUCUCUCUGCGGGCGCUGGAGAAUUCUGGUGGAGUUCACUGUAAGACGGGUCUGGUUCGCGUGGGACCUGUUCCAUCAGAGCCUGGCUGCCCUAGCAGCACUGAUGAUUCUUUUCUUCCCCUCUGAGAAGGGUUUCUGAGAGACUGGAAGUCAAACUAUGUUGAGAGUUAGGACUGAAAUGCACCUUGUCUCCUCCUCAAGCAUGCAUGGAUGUCUCGUUGGUCUAAGGGUGCAGGAGGAGCCUCUGCCUAUUUGGGCACGUGGUGCCAAAGGGUGCAAUUGUCCAGCAGGGUCUCCCAGCUGGAAACUUAUGGACCAGGGAGGAGAGUCAGCGUGAGGCGGAGCGGUUGCUCCUGUCGUUGCAGCAACCCAUGCAGCGAGGGCGAGCUGAGCUCCAGUGUGUCCAGCAGCGCUCCCAACCAGUUGCCUGCAGUGCGGGAGCUGCUGGCCAGGAGCAGUCAGCAGGCAAAUCCCCAUGGCAGAUGACUUCUAGGGCACAUGGAGAGGCAGAGAUCAGGACAAAAAGCUGCACCUGCUGUCCUGGCUGCGUCCUUGCUCUCUUCCAGCCUCCAAGCUGCAGGGGUCGGAGCCCUGCAGGGCUCUCCACCGAUGCCGCUGCUGGAGGACGUGAUCUUGGAGAACAUCAGCUGGGCUGCCGAGGAAGCCCAGGGCAAUGAAUCUUCAGAGCACGCAUUUUUCUCUCUGGACUAUCAGCAUGUUCAAGUCCCCUUUGAAAUCACACUUUGGAUCAUGCUGGCAUCCUUGGCCAAAAUAGGAUUUCAUCUAUAUAACAAGCUGCCUUCUGUUGUUCCCGAGAGCUGUUUAUUGAUAUUUGUAGGACUCAUCAUGGGGGGAAUCAUCUAUGGCUUAAAUGACAAGUCACCGCCUGUUAUGGACAGUGACAUCUUUUUCCUCUACCUGCUGCCACCCAUCGUCCUUGACGCGGGGUACUUCAUGCCUAGCCGUCCCUUUUUUGAGAACAUUGGCACUAUCCUCCUCUACGCGGUCGUAGGGACAAUAUGGAAUGUGUUUGGGAUCGGCUUUUCCCUGUAUGGGAUCUGCCAGGUGAAAGCUUUUCGCCUUCAGGACGUGUCGUUGCUCCACAACCUCCUGUUUGGCAGCCUGAUCGCUGCUGUGGAUCCCGUGGCGGUGUUAGCGGUCUUUGAAGAGAUACACGUCAAUGAAAAGCUGCACAUUUUGGUCUUUGGCGAGUCGCUCCUGAACGACGCCGUCACGGUGGUGCUAUACAAGCUAUUUCGAUCUUUCUGUGAAAUGUCAACCAUCAAAACUGUGGAUGUUUUUGCUGGAGUUGGAAAAUUCUUUGUGGUUGGGCUAGGAGGAGUUCUAGUAGGUCUUACUUUUGGGAUGACCGCCGCCUUUACCACGCGAUUCACCAAGGAUAUCCGUGUCAUUGAACCGCUCUUCGUCUUCCUGUACAGCUACCUCUCCUACCUCACCGCCGAAAUGUUUCACCUUUCAGGGAUCAUGGCCAUUGUUGCUUGUGCCAUGGGCAUGAAACGCUAUGUGGAGGCCAACAUAUCUCUGAAGUCUCACACCACAGUCAAAUACUUCAUGAAGAUGUGGAGCAGUGUUAGUGAAACCCUCAUCUUCAUCUUUCUUGGAGUUUCCACCAUUGGAGAAAAUCAUGAGUGGAACUGGCCAUACAUUUGCUUCACUGUCAUUUUCUGUCUCAUUUGGAGAGCAUUAGGGGUCCUUGUGCUGACUUUCUUUGUGAACAGAUUUCACGUGAACACUGUCACCAGCAAAGACCAGUUCAUCAUAGCGUACGGGGGGCUCCGAGGAGCCAUUUGUUUCUCUUUGGUUUUCUUGCUUCCUGACUUCCGCAGAAAGAAGCUCUUCAUUGCAGCAACGACUGUUGUCAUCCUCUUCACCGUGUUUGUCCAGGGAAUGACCAUCCGUCCUCUCGUUGACAUGUUGGCUGUCAAGAGGAAAAGAGAAAGUGCUCCUACAGUGGGAGAGCAGAUCCAUAUUCGGUUCUUGGAUCAUUUGCUGGCUGGCAUUGAAGAUAUAUCUGGACACUGGGGACAGUAUUACUGGAAAGACAAAUUAGAAUAUUUCAACAGCAAAUACCUGCAGAAGAUCCUUCUUCGAGAAUACGAUCAGCCAAAAUCAAGUAUUGUGCUUCUCUACGAGAAGCUGGAGCGCAAGCAUGCCAUCGAGCUAGCAGAAGCGGGGCAGCUGGGUCAUGCCCCGUCUCACCCGUCCUUGCUCAACAACAGGACUGUCAUAACAGACAAAAAAUUGGAGAAUACUCUGAAUCUGGAUGUCCUGGAAAACAUACAGGAAAUACUGGCAAGGAACCUGUACCGGAUAAGGAGAACGGGGCCGGCGUACAACAGGCACACCCUUCCCGGAGAGACUGAGCCCAUGGGACGCGCCAAGGAGAUCCUGAUCCUCCGGCACAAGGGCAUGCGGGUGGAAGUGAGCCGAGGUGAUGGGAUCAUCUCCAGGAAGGAGAAGGAUGACUCCUACUCGAUGCCGGGUGACUCCAGGCCAUGCCGCUCCCUCUCCGCGGGGAAUGCAGAAAAGCUUCAGGGAGUGAAAGAGAACCGCUCGCAGUCUGUGUGCGUCAUCCCACCACCACAGCCCAGUGACACGGCCUGGAGGGAGAAGAAAGAAAUGGAGAAAGAGCUGACUUUGGAGAUGUAAAAGCAAAAGCGAUGCCGGCGGCUUCCUGUGAUGGGUCUGACUCUGGUUCAUGGAUGGCUGCUAUACAUGUAGAUAAUGUAAAUAAGAUGAAUAUUGAAAAGGACAGGGUGGACAGGACACAGUGGGCAUCACAACAUGUGCUCUCGUUGCACAGCACUGGGCUUUUAAAGGGAACUGAGGGAAAAGAUGCAAAGCUGAGCACUAGCAGUGCAAGGUAACGCUUGAGAGAGGAGCUCAGGAAAAUGAGUGUGUUCAGCCUGCAAAAACUGCUGAAACUGCCUGUAACUGCAAGAAAGGAUGUUUUAAUAAGGUGAGAUAUCAGAUCUUCUCAUUAGUCAGCAGGGAUAGGCUAAACAGGAGGGAGCGUUUAGAUUGUAUUCAGGGAAAACUUCAUAAUCUCAAGGACAGUUUUUAUUAGGUGACAGAGCGUGACAGGAGAAACAGUAAAAGAUCUUUUCUGCUCCUCGGCAGCUGAGGGAUCCUGACUAUGAACAUUAAUCACAUGAAGUCCAAAGAUAAGCCAUAGAGUUAAAUAAGGCGUUGUGUCUUACCGCAGGGACUGUCCCACACCUAGACCGAGUUCUUUUAAUGAAACCUUUUCACAGCUGCAUUAAAAGGGGAAAAUAUGUGCUUGCUCUUUAUUUUUAAAUUUAUUUAAGAAAUGGUUCACCUUAAACAAGAAAAUGGGGUGCUCCAAACCCAGUGGUGAUACCAGGAGAAAAGCGUGCCGGCCCUUAUAGAGACGGGCAAGCCUGGCGCUGUGGCUGCUUUGCAGCAAGCGUGAAAAGACUCUCAGCCGAUCCCUGCUGCCGUAGCCGGGAGCUGCAGGGUGAGAGUUCAGUGCAUCUCUUUAGAAGAUGCAGAGAACGACCUGAAACCUUGCUGCUGUGGAGCGCUUCUGCCAGGAAGGCUGCAACCCCCUUUGCAGAGCGGGUGUGGGUGAACUCCGGGGAUAGCACGCGAGGAAGGCAGAUAUCUCCAGACUUGCGUGAUUGUCUUUGAAACUCCAGGUAAGUGUUCAAGCCUUUCAAUUCUUGUCCAUAGCUGAACCCAAUAGGGUAAGUUUUAGCAUUGCUGUUGUUGAGACUUUCCUUUCACUUCCAUUUGCUCUGCAUUAAAGGAUGGAAGUGUAUUUAAUCUGAACAAGUGGCUCUUUCUGAAAUGAAAAUAAAAGAAACUAUGGGAAUUCGCAUACUCUCCUCCAUGAUAUUUUUCUAGAGCGUUUCUCCUGUGUGCAGAAAUACUCCAUUGGAAGACCGCUGCCAGGUACACUGGGCUUUUCUUUUCUAUUAAAGACAAAAAAUGGUGUGUAUGUACACUUUUAAAUGAUGUGGGGGGUCUCAUUUUCGUUUGAACAAACCCCUUUGCAGUGUCCUGACAUAAGCCAAUGUAGUUAAUUUUGGCUUGAAGGCUGCUCGUUGCUGCCCCAUCACUGAAAACUCACCUCGUUACAAAUGAAAAUUGGAUAUUUUAGCCUUAUUGAUGUGUCUGUGUAAAUAUAUGUAUAUAUUUAUUGAUUGUAGCUUAAAUCCCUUAUUGUCUUCAGUUACAUUAUUAAAGUUUUGGUUUGUUUUAUUUUAAUCCACCUUGCUUGGAUUUGCCCAUCUUUAAAGAUGUUGUAAUAUAUACGCGCUAUAUUUCUAUCUCAA